AUGAGGUGUGAUCAUCAUGCUCCAACGCUGGGCCAUUUGGUGGAAUUGGCUGCUGAUCACACCAAUACUGACAGAGACAGUGAAGGAACGAGGGCGAGUACGGCUAGGUCCAUUGCCGACGUUGGCACUGACCAUGGCUUGCUGGCAAUGAGCUUUGCACUUUCAGGAAGAUAUGACAGAGUAUUGGGAGUCGAUGUUUCAGAACAGGCACUAUACAACGGGGCACUUUCGUUGCUGGAGACAGCCCAAGAAAUUUAUGAGCAACAGCUUGAUGACGACAGCAAUGGUGAUGGCACUGAAGGAGAAGAGACAAGAAUACCAAUCACUUUUCGAGUGAGUGAUGGGCUUGACAACAUAGAUCCAGGUGAAGCUGACACAGUGUGUAUUGCUGGUAUGGGGGUCAACACGAUGAUUAAGAUCUUGUCGAUGCCAAGUGAUACUGCCGAUAUCACCCACCUGGAUCGAAUACAAUGUCAGCAAUUGUUGCUCCAACCCACGAAUUCUCGGCCAAGUCACCUGAUUCUGCUUUACGAUCAUUUGCAAAAGUCAGGCUGGCGACUGGUUGACGAACGCAUCGAAGAACUGUCGAAGAGAUGGUAUGUGUCAACUUGCUUUCAGCGAAAAAGUAAGGACGAAGAAGACAAUGUGGAUCCAAAUAUCAAUACUCAUACGCCAAUGGAGUUGCCAACCUCCAAGCUGAUUCAGCUGAAAGACGACAAUCCCAUGUUUUCACCAUUCCAAAAGUACGUCGCCCAUCAUUGUCAGUGGAUCGAAAUGGAUGCUGGAGCACGAGGAGCACUCAAGGAAGCAGACGAGCGAUGGCUAAAAGCCUUCCAGCAAUUACCACGGGACUAG